GACUAUAAAUACUCAGCUCCCACAAACUUUUUUUUCCCCCUCAAAACAAGCCAAAAAAAAACGACAAGAGAAUUUUACUUAACAAAGCGAAAAGCACAAAGUCUAAAAAUGACAAAGCGGUCGCCCUUAGCAGUGGUUGUCGUCCUGAUCAUGGUAAGUGCCCUUGUGUCUGUGAAGCCGGUAGCGUCAUCGUGUUAUGAAUCAUGGUACGGCUCAUCUCGUCCGCUCUCUCAUAAGGAGCUGCAAUGGGAGUCGCAGAAGAGCCUGGCCGUGUUUGCGGUGGAGGAGCACAAUAAGGAGCUCUCGGGUGCUCAACGGUUGAAGCUGAUAAGCAUCGACGAGGGUGUUUAUUACCCUUUAUCGCCCAGUACGGAUUUUACCAGUAUGAAUAUUACUGCAUCCAACAGCUCUGGCCAAGCCAAGUACUGGAUCUUUGUCACCCACAGCAUUGCUUAUGAUCACCUUGACCUGAAAUGCUUCGAGAAAAUUUAGUUAAAGAUGGAUGUUAUUUGAAAGCUUUGCGUAUAGUAAUAAUAAUGUUUUGAUGUUUGAACAUCAUACAAAUAUUUAUUUUCUGAAAUGGGGCCAUAUUGGUCUUGCAUUGUGGUUUGGUGGUGGCAACGGGUAUUUAUGUCAAAUUCAUUAGGGUGCUGGUGGGAAUCGAUAUGAGAGAUCUCUUCUAUCCGCUGGGUUUUUGGUGGAAGAUGAUGGGGAAAAAGAAGUGUGGGUAAGCUUCAAGUACGAGAAGAAGCUACCUUCUGGCUUCUGCUAUUGCUGUGGGAGCAUUCUGACGAUCGACUUUUAAAGAGGAAGGAGGGCUAGGCUUAAAGAGCUUCAACCAUUUCAAUAUUUCCCUCCUCACAAAACAAUGACACGAAAAACAAAUAAUAAAAAGCUAAGGGAAGUAUAGAAGUUGGUUUACAAAAAAAAGUGAGGACAUAGUUGAAAAUUUUAGGUUCAAGGUCUGAAUCACAAAACUCGACAAACAUUGCCAAGAUAGACAAUACCAUCCAGGCUUCGCCGGUCUCCAACAAACCAACCCAAUCGACUUCUGCCUGUCUCCUCCCAUGGCCUCACUCCCUUUACUAAAAGCUCGCUCGGUCUGUUGCUUCAAGAGCUUAGUUCUGACCGCAAGCUCCGUAAAAUGUGUUAACUGCUUCUCGAACACAUGUACAUUCCUAUUUUUUCCAUAACUGCCAGCACAAGAUACCAAACAGUGAAGGGUCUACACACACACCUCUUCCUGUCACGUAGUGAUGCAUCCACCACAAAAGGUCUCUGUGAUAAACGCGCUGCUACAGAUCGGAAAAUAGCUGGAAUCGAUAAAGUAAGAAUACGAAAGCGAAAAUCGAAAAACACAGACACACGAUUUACGUGGUUCACUAAUACGAUGUGUGUUAGCUACUCCACGCGCGAGAGAUAGCCAGUUUCACUAUCGAGGAGAUUACAGAUUAUAGAGGAGAUGAGAAGUAUUUAUACUUCUCCAUGAGACCCCCCACUAAUCCAGUCGUAGCGGCUGAUAGCCCGAUUCAAGUCACAUCAACAAAUCUCCACCUUGACUUGAAUCUUCUUCCUCUGAAAACUCUGAUGUACUCUACUCCUUCUCUCUCUCUCCCGCCAUCAAUGCCCCAUAGGGCGGAGUCACCCACUCAAGACAUUCAUCAUGUUCUAGCGCAACAUCUUGUUGAACCCUGGAAAGCACCCUCCUUGGUAUAUUCCUAUGGGCAUUAUCCUCCGCGCCCCAUGGUGUAUCACGUCUGCCGAAUUUGAAAUGUGUGGAAGCAAAGGGAUUAAUUAGUAUAGUAUAGCUCAAAGUAAAAGUCAAACGAACUG